AGGCCGGCGCCGUCCGAGCUCCGGGAGGGCAGUCGCCUGCGAGUCCAAUGGUCGGACGGCUGGUGGAAAGCGGAGGUCUCCGAGGUCACGCCUGAGAAGGUGAAGGUGACCUUCGACACCUGGGGCCGCGAGCAUGAUGAGUGGAUUGCACGGGACAGCCAGCGCCUCCGCUGGGCCUUGCCGACCGACCAGCGAGCCGCGGCGGAGGACGGCAUCGCUGCACCGGCUAGCACUCGAGAUCGGGCAUACGUGCCAAAGCCUUUCAACCCUGAGAAGGAGUUCCAAAAAAGACAGCUGCGGGUCCGCGAAAAGAUUGCGGCCAUGCAGAAGACGAAGUUGGGCUUCGUGGACGCACCUCUGGCUGCCAAGAUGGACUUGAAGGGAGAGGCCAUGCCACCCACCGGAAACGCCCAACUCCAGCGCGUAUCAGUGGAGAAAGCUGCGUUCGAUUCCUCCAGGGUCCAAGAGGCAGAGAAGGCAGUGCUGACACCAGCAGAAGCUCCACCGCCACCUCCCCUGGAUCACUGGACGCCGCCGGAGCCUGAUGAGCCACCACCCGCAGAGAAACAGGAAUCUACCCCAAGCUUCCAAGCUAGGGAUCCUGCACCUGCCGAGCAGGUUGAGGUCAAGCAAGAAAUGCCACCUGCCAAGGAAUCUACCCCAAGCUUCCAAGCUAGGGAUCCUGCACCUGCCGAGCAGGUUGAGGUCAAGCAAGAAAUGCCACCUGCCAAGGCAACGGCGACUGUGUCUGCUGUGAGGUGGGAGGAGCUGCUCACCGAGCAGCAGGAGCGCUAUUACCACGAGGUGGCCACAGGUCGAAGCCAAUGGGACUUGCCCAGCGAAGGUUGGGUGGCACUCCUGGAUGACGACGGUACCAAGUACUACUGGGACCCCGUGGCUGGGACCACUCAAUGGGACCCGCCCUCUUAGGUCCAACAGCUUGACCGACGAAAAAGAAGCGGAGGGAAGUGCAGGGUGAGAUGGAGACGCACAGAAUCGAUGAUGGUUCUUUUGGUGUUUCGUUUAAUGCCAGGAGCGCCCCUAGUAGCGUCCGAUCGCUCCGUUCGUAGCGAUGCCAGGAGCCCCUAGUAGCUUAUUGUUCCUAGUAGUAAGGCCAGGAGCCCCGUUCGUAGCGUCCUUGCUCCUAGUAGUAAGGCCAUGUUUGUUUGUUAUUCUUUUUCAAGUCAUCAGACCGUUGCGACCUUCGCACAGAAGAAAGGCCAAGACUCCACUCAAGAUGCAGUGCUCAACAGCCGUUUUGGCCCACUUCUUUGUCCUUUGAGCUUGGAA